AUGGGAAGGGAUACACAAUUGGAGGUUAGAUUUCCCGGGAGUGUACCUUCGAGGACCGAAUUCUAUGAUGUAUUCAAUGGGGGUUGGAAGGGAAGGAAUUAUGAAAAUGCCUGGUCCACAGGUCGGGAAAAUGAACUCAAGGGGAAGUUAUCAGGGUACGAAGGACUUUUCGGUUUCUUGAGUAGAAUCAUAGAUGCCUAUUGUUAUGCAGGUUCCAUGAAUGGGAGGCCGAAAUUCAAGGAUGCACCCUGCUCUUUUUUCUAUUACUGGAUGAAAAAUACGGUUCCUGGGGGUUCAGAUACCGCUGAACUGUCGCAUGUUCUGGGAAACAUUUACAAUACGCUAAAUGAUGCCCCAUAUGAGAAUAAGUGUGAUCUUAAAUACGGAGAUGUUCUCUGGACACAGUUCGACCGAAUGAAGGAAGUACAUGAUUUCGCCUAUGACUAUGAUACCAUACAGAGCCUUGUAGGAGGCUGUCAGCCUGCAGAUUGUUCGAAAUAUUUACUGUAUCUGCAAGGAAUUAAGUCAGCAUGUACUCUUGCGGGUGCAGGCUGCGAUAGUGUGAGACAUGGACCUGGUACAUAUUGUUACGACUAUAAUGAAAAAUAUAAGAACUUCUGUGAACAAAAUAAACAGGAACUGAUACCUCUAUGUAUUCAGCGCAAAAAUCCUAAUCCAAAUCAAGCAAGCAGUUCAGGCAGUUUUUCCGAUAAUGAUCAGGGAUGUUUGGAAAAUUUACCCUCAAAAUUAGGAUACAGCAUAUUUGACGCAGGGGCAGAAUGUUCUAUGAAGAAUGAAAUUUGGGAUAAGGAAAUAGAUAUAAGUAAUAAGUUAAGGCCUAUAUUAACGAAGUAUGGGAAUAUUCAAAAUGAUAUUGAUAAUAUUGCAAAAGGUUGGUGUUACGUACUUAAUGGGGCAACAGGAAGUAAAGAAAGUGGGUAUAAAGUAGAGGGUGAUCUAUAUUAUCUUUUCUAUUAUUGGCUGGGACAUAAAGUAUGGAACAGUAAAGGUCAGGGUAAUGAAUUCUCAGAUGUUAUGAAUGAAAUUUAUUUUCAACUCCAGACGGUGUUUCCUGGUAUUCAUCGUGGACCUACCUGCACCAAGUGUGACCAAAGUGAAUUUGGACAAAUGAGAAAAGUAUUUGAUUAUUACUAUGACCAUGGAACUAUAAAGGAGUGCAUACAAGAAUCUCAGACUUCUGUGCCCAAUUGUACUGAACAAUAUUCAAAAUACCUCCAGGAAGCUGCUGAGGUAUAUGGAAAAAUGAAGCAGUAUUGUGACCAAGGUGGACCUUCUAGGAACAUAUGCUGUAAGCAUUUUAAGGAAAUUUCUAAUCCGACGGGUGGCAACAAUAUUCCAGAACCAUCAAAAUUGAAAUCUGAAUUAGAAUCUUUAACAAGAAGUAGAAGGUCUAAAGCAGGAACAAUAUCCUCCCCCACCAACAACAACAACACUGCUCCUAUUGUCUCUUUUGCAUUAGGAUUAGUUGGACUACCUGCAUUGGCAUUAUUCCUUUACAAAUAUAAUCUGCUACCUUCCUGGAUAAGUAACAACCUCUUCUUUGGAGGAGGAGUAGGAAGCACCUCCUCCAGAAGUAAUAGAAACAGAAAAAAAAGAUCAGGUGCAAAGAACUGGGACACAUUAACGGACAACGAUUCAACAACAAAUUCCACAUUCGACUCAACGGACAUCUCAACUGUAGCUUCGACAUCAAACCUGUCAAGAACAACAACAGACAAUUCUACCAUAUAUGAUGGUAGACCACCCACUAGAGGAAGGAAAAAUAAUGCACGAGGUCAUCGGAGUGUAGUUCAUCAGAGGAAUAUAGGUUAUCAGAAUAUGUAA